GUCCAUCCAUCCCUCCCCUCUUCCGAAGGAGGGAGCCAAAAACCAACUUAGUCUUGGCAGGGCAGCCGGUACCCAGAGCUCGGCAGACGGGGAGGCUCGGAGCGAUUCACACACCUGCCCGCAGCCCCUGUCCGGGAGGAAAGCCGUGCUCCCUCGCUCUCGGCCAUCGCCGCGGCUCGGUUCCCAGGGUCAUUCCCCUGAGCUGAAUCGCGGACCCUGCGUUCAGCCGGUUACUUCGCACACUUGUUCGGACGUCUCCCGAGACCUCUGUCGCCCCAGACUUACCUUACUGGAUUCCAGAUCUGUUCAGGGAGAACUUGGGUGGAUAGCGAGCCCUUUGGAAGGAGGGUGGGAAGAAGUGAGUAUUAUGGAUGAAAAAAAUACACCCAUCCGAACCUACCAAGUGUGCAAUGUGAUGGAACCCAGCCAGAAUAACUGGCUACGAACUGAUUGGAUCACCCGAGAAGGGGCUCAGAGGGUGUACAUUGAAAUUAAGUUCACACUGAGGGACUGCAAUAGUCUUCCAGGUGUCAUGGGGACUUGCAAGGAGACUUUUAACCUGUAUUACUAUGAAUCGGACAACGACAAAGAGCGUUUCAUCAGAGAGAGCCAGUUUGCCAAGAUUGACACCAUUGCUGCCGAUGAGAGCUUCACCCAAGUGGACAUUGGUGACAGAAUCAUGAAACUGAACACCGAGAUCCGGGAUGUAGGGCCGUUGAGCAAAAAAGGGUUUUACCUGGCUUUUCAGGAUGUGGGGGCCUGCAUUGCCCUCGUAUCGGUCCGCGUGUUCUACAAGAAGUGUCCGCUCACAGUUCGCAAUCUGGCCCAGUUUCCAGACACCAUCACGGGGGCCGAUACCUCUUCCCUAGUGGAAGUUCGAGGCUCCUGUGUCAACAACUCUGAAGAGAAGGAUGUGCCAAAAAUGUACUGCGGGGCAGAUGGGGAAUGGCUGGUGCCCAUUGGCAACUGCUUAUGCAAUGCUGGGCAUGAAGAGAGGAAUGGAGAAUGCCAAGCCUGCAAAAUUGGAUAUUACAAGGCACUCUCCACGGAUGCCUCCUGUGCCAAGUGCCCACCCCACAGCUACUCUGUCUGGGAAGGCGCCACCUCCUGCACCUGUGACCGAGGCUUUUUCAGAGCAGACAACGAUGCUGCCUCCAUGCCUUGCACCCGCCCGCCAUCUGCUCCCCUCAACUUGAUUUCGAAUGUCAAUGAGACGUCAGUGAACUUGGAAUGGAGCAGUCCUCAGAACACAGGUGGCCGCCAGGACAUUUCCUACAAUGUGGUAUGCAAGAAAUGUGGAGCUGGUGACCCCAGCAAGUGCCGACCCUGCGGAAGUGGUGUCCACUACACCCCACAGCAGAAUGGCCUGAAGAGCACCAAAGUCUCCAUCACCGACCUCCUUGCUCACACCAAUUACACGUUUGAGAUCUGGGCUGUGAAUGGAGUGUCCAAGUAUAACCCUAGCCCGGACCAAUCAGUUUCUGUCACCGUGACAACCAACCAAGCAGCACCAUCAUCCAUUGCUUUGGUCCAGGCAAAAGAAGUAACAAGAUACAGCGUUGCACUGGCUUGGUUGGAACCAGAUCGGCCCAAUGGGGUGAUCUUGGAAUAUGAAGUCAAAUAUUAUGAGAAGGAUCAGAAUGAGCGAAGCUAUCGUAUUGUCCGGACGGCUGCCAGGAACACGGAUAUCAAGGGCCUGAAUCCUCUGACUUCCUACGUUUUCCACGUGCGAGCCCGGACCGCAGCCGGCUAUGGAGACUUCAGCGAGCCCCUGGAGGUUACAACCAACACCGUGCCUUCCCGGAUCAUUGGAGAUGGGGCCAACUCGACGGUCCUGCUGGUGUCUGUCUCCGGCAGUGUGGUGCUAGUGGUCAUUCUCAUCGCGGCCUUUGUCAUCAGCAGGAGGCGAAGUAAGUACAGUAAAGCAAAACAAGAAGCAGAUGAAGAGAAACAUUUGAAUCAAGGUGUUAGAACUUAUGUGGAUCCCUUUACAUAUGAAGAUCCCAACCAAGCUGUUCGAGAAUUUGCCAAAGAAAUUGAUGCAUCCUGCAUUAAGAUUGAAAAAGUCAUAGGUGUUGGCGAAUUUGGCGAAGUUUGCAGUGGGCGUCUCAAAGUGCCUGGCAAGAGAGAGAUCUGUGUGGCUAUCAAGACUCUGAAAGCUGGUUAUACGGACAAACAGAGGAGAGACUUCCUGAGUGAGGCCAGCAUCAUGGGACAGUUUGACCACCCAAAUAUCAUUCACUUGGAAGGCGUCGUCACCAAAUGUAAACCAGUAAUGAUCAUAACAGAGUACAUGGAGAAUGGUUCCUUGGAUGCAUUCCUCAGGAAGAAUGAUGGCAGAUUUACAGUCAUUCAGCUGGUGGGCAUGCUCCGGGGCAUUGGGUCUGGGAUGAAGUAUUUAUCCGACAUGAGCUAUGUGCAUCGAGAUCUGGCCGCACGGAACAUCCUGGUAAAUAGCAACUUGGUCUGCAAAGUGUCGGACUUUGGCAUGUCCCGGGUGCUUGAGGAUGAUCCUGAAGCAGCUUAUACCACCAGGGGUGGCAAGAUUCCUAUCCGGUGGACUGCGCCAGAAGCAAUUGCCUAUCGUAAAUUCACAUCAGCUAGUGAUGUAUGGAGCUAUGGAAUCGUUAUGUGGGAAGUGAUGUCGUAUGGAGAGAGACCCUAUUGGGACAUGUCCAACCAAGAUGUGAUUAAAGCCAUUGAGGAAGGCUAUCGGCUACCCCCUCCAAUGGACUGUCCCAUUCCCCUCCACCAGCUGAUGCUAGACUGCUGGCAGAAGGAGAGAAGCGACAGGCCUAAAUUUGGGCAGAUUGUCAACAUGUUGGACAAACUCAUCCGCAAUCCCAACAGCUUGAAGAGGACGGGGACUGAGAGCUCCAGACCUAACACUGCCUUGUUGGAUCCGAGCUCCCCAGAAUUCUCUGCCGUGGUAUCGGUGGGCGAUUGGCUCCAGGCCAUUAAAAUGGACCGGUAUAAGGAUAACUUCACAGCUGCUGGUUAUACCACACUAGAGGCUGUGGUGCACAUGAACCAGGAUGACCUGGCAAGAAUUGGCAUCACGGCCAUCACGCACCAGAAUAAAAUUUUGAACAGUGUCCAGGCAAUGCGAACCCAAAUGCAGCAGAUGCACGGCAGAAUGGUUCCUGUCUGAGCCAGUGCUGAAUAAACUCAAAACUCUUGAAAUUAGUUUACCUCAUCCAUGCACUUUAAUUGAAGAACUGCACUUUUUUUACUUCGUCUUCGCCCUCUGAAAUUAAAGAAAAAAACAAGUAUCUGCAGCAUUGCUUGGUGUACAGUUUGCUGAAACUGUGGGGCUUACAGAAAUGACAACCUGUCGUUUGCAUUAGACCUGGAACAAAUUGUUUCUCAGAAGUACUUCUGUCCAUCGCUAGUCUGUAGAAUACAUGUACCUAUAUAAAUAGAACAUCGCCUCUGAGUGUUGAUGCUGUAUUUGCUGCCAUAAACUUUCCUGAGAUAUCCUUGAUCCUCUCUCCAUUUGGAAUUACAACCCUAGUGUUUUGUUUGUGGAAUAAAUUACAGUCAUCCCUCUUGGAAUGAAGACCAUGCCCAGGAUCAUUGUUGAAGGACUCAAUUUUAGCUCUUAGGGCUUGGUUCAUACUGUGGAAAAAGCCUACAUGAAAGCCAUGUGGCUCAUCAGUGUUGCUCCUUCAUUGCACAGCUAAAGCACAGAUCAGGCUGCCUUGUGGAUUACUGUUACUACAGGGUGGGCUGGAAAGAAAGGGAAAAUGGAUUUUAAAGAACUCCCAAGAACCAUACACCUCUACCUGGACAAGUGAGGUCUGUUUCUUUGGGCCCUGAGACUGUGCCAUAUAAAGUCUUAUUUUGGGACUCUAUAAACUUAUUGUAACUACCUUUUGGAUAGCAGGCUGUGACAAUCUUAAAUAGGGAACUUUCAUACUUCCUUUAAAGGAGCAACCCCAAAUUUAAAAGGGAGGAAAUUCUGCUAUCUUGGCCUCACAGCCCUUCCUGUUGAUUACAAAGCCCAUGGAAGAAGAAAAAGAACACGCCCUUCUUGGUUCCUUCUUAACGUGUUUCUUCUGCUUCUGCUAUGCCAGUUCUGGGGCAAAGACAAUGGUGAAACAACACCCGUCCCCAAAAAGAAUAAACGUCUGACUUUUCAGAUCCUGUUACGGUGAAAGAAACAGCAACCAUUCCAGGUUCAGCAUCUGUUCUCUGCUUGCACUUGAGAAUUUACUGACUUGCAGCACCAACUCUGCAGAGCCCCUGUUCCCACACUCCUUGUGGAUUUAUUUAUAUGUCUUUCCAUAUCUCAUUCCUGUAUGUCACUUGGCAGCAGGCUACAGGUUUUCCUAUGGACACCAGGUCAGGUGCCGCUACACAAAAACAGCAAGUUCCCAUGAGCUGCCUAUGAUAUGCAUUGCUGAAGUAACAUUUUACCCAGGGUGUGCCAUUGCAGUGAUAUAAAUAUAUUUUUUUCCUAGAAUAAAUAUGAGCUGACUAUCUCUUUCGAUGUGUGUAUAUAGGGGUGAGUGUGUGUGUAUGUGUGUGUGUGUCCCUAUAACCUCAUGCUUAGAACUGCCUGUGAAUUGUUGUGGAUUGCUGCAUCUGGAGAGUUCUGGUUUUCCACCAGUUCCAAGAUAAAGAGCCACGUGAAAGAGUGGGCCUAUAGACCAUGCCCAUCCCCUUAGAGAGCACCCCAGAGAUGUUAAAUGUCCUGUAUCUAUAAGUGUAUUUUGUAGUUGCCACACUAACCUUAAUAAGUAACUCUACAGCCUUGGGCAGGCAUUUUCACCUUAGUGGUGGAGUAAUUUUAGAAUAUAAAUCCAUUCAGGUGACAACCCAUCAUCAAAAUCACAAACCCUGAUUGAUCUCCUCAUGUGAACCACCAGUACCCUGAUGGAGAGUGAGAGAGAAGGGGAUGGAAUUUGUCUGGUAACCCCAAAUGGAAUACAAGUAGCCUUGGUUUUCCUGCAUAAAUGGACUUGUUGAAUGCGAGCAAAUAAAUAUAUGCAAUUCAUAUACUUUUGGAGAUGAACGUAGACAUGCGUCAGCUUUGAAAUGAUGUGUCCCAGAUUAAUACUUUGUCUCCCAAUGUCACAGAAAGUACAUGCCAGUGACUCUUGAGGUUAGCCAGUGUAGUUAGGAUUAAAUGGCCUCAAGUCAUUUCAGGUUCUCAACAUAACAUGGAAAGUUAAGAGUAAUGAAUACGCAGCUAACUCCGAUGGCCCUCCAAAGGGCAUUGGCCUUCUAGAAUCUGAGGUGCAGUGUGUGACGAUUCAGUAUUGAUGUGAUAUGUAUACCAAAUUCCAGCCAACAUACUGCCAUUUUACAUAACCUGAGUGGCUGCCUUGCUUAUUCUAAGCUAUGGUUGCAGAAACUGUGGCCAUUUUUAUAAGCUAUAACAUCAAAUCAGGGAAAAGUUGAAAAAAAAGAAUCUGAACUGUAUAUUGUUGAAUAAGUAAAAAAAAAAAAA